CAGAAGAAAUUUGCCAUAAUGAGAUGUGACUUGUUAGUUUUCUUAGUGACAUCAGCACUCGCGACAAACAUAGUUUCGGCGUCGCCCAUCUUGCUGAAACCAGCAUUCGGCCGGCCACGGACAGAAGAAUUCAUCUUAGAUGUUGGAGGGCUGGCAGACCGCUACAACCAGGAACCAUGGGAGGUCAGCGGCAAGUUCGAGGGCGACAUAGUGUUCCCAGCAGGCAUCACGGCAGCAAACGGCCUCGUCGCGACCAGACCUCGAUGGUUUAACAGGACAGUUCCCUACAUCCUCGACCCCAUCUUCAACGCGACUCAGAGGGCGAGCAUCCUGAGGGGCAUCGAGGAGUUUCAUCGCCGCACGUGCAUCAGGCUGCGCCCUUCCACGCCGUACGAUCGCGACUACGUCUACGUGUCGGGCUACUCGACCGGCUGCUGGUCGUACGUCGGUCGCCUCAACGGGGGGCAGAUGCUGAACCUGCAGAUCCCCGGCUGUUUCCGGCACGGCACGAUCGUGCACGAGUUCCUGCACGCGCUGGGCUUCUACCACCAGCAGAGCACGCACAACCGUGACGACUACGUCGCCAUCUUGUGGCAGAACAUCCGGGCGGGUGAGCGCGCUAACUUACUCCCUGCGCGCCUGUCCUCUUUGCAGUCUUCCAUCAUGUACUCGCCGAGUAACCGGAACGGAGCGCAACUUCAACAAGUACGACGCGCGAGUGGUGACGGACUUCGGCACGGACUACGACUACAGCAGCGUCAUGCACUACAGCCGCACCGCCUUCUCCGUGAACGGACAAGCCACCAUCGUGCCGCUGCAAAACAACGUGACCAUCGGCCAGAGAGUCGAGAUGAGCGAAGCGGACGUCGUUAAGUUGGAAAAAAUGUACGGCUGCCGAAACUAGAGAACAUUCCAACAUUUUUAAUUCUUUUGCUCUAAAAUACAAUUGCGAGUAUUAAAGAUACAUCUUUGGAAUA